UUUCCAUUGUUGAAAUGUGACAAAACACCUGUAGCCAUCCAAUAAGACCACCACACACAUUUCUUCAAACUCACCUUAACUUCGUUCACUCACUCUCUCACACCCACUCGGUUCCUUCUUCCUUCUUCCUUCUUUUUUCUUCCUUCUUCAACCCAUUUUCUUUUUCAUCCAAAGAUGUCCUCCACCCACGCAAACCCAGCAACAUCAUCCACUCUCAUCUUCCUCUCAAUAUUACUCCUUUCUUUUGCAACCAAAACAAAAUCCGACAACCCACCGUGCCCGUAUCCGUGUUACCCACCACCCACCGGAGUCGUCACUCCCACAACCCCUUCGGCUGGCGGUGGUUCCACCGUUCCACCGGCACCUCCUCAACCCGUGUUAACAUAUCCGCCACCUUCCGGGUCCUACCCUUAUUACCCAACACCGCCUUACGGCGGCGAGGGCGACUACAACGGUAACGGAGGUGGUGUUUCUGGCACCCCGCCACCCCCUGACCCUAUUCUUCCCUACUUUCCGUUCUACUACAAGAAGCCACCCCACAAGCCAGAAGACAACUCAGCACCCACCAGUUUAAAGAAACGGAAGGAGAUGGUUUUCAUAACUAGUUUCUUGUCGUUGCUUCUUCUCUUUGUAUAACUCUCUUCAUCCAAAUCUUCGUGUACUCUAAAUUGUUAAUUUAAUGUUUUUUUUUCCUAUUGUUUUGAGAAAUAUAAUGGUAAGUUAUCCACGUUUUCUUU